AUGGCAGAAAAGUCCGCCCUCGGAAAAAGAGCCGAACGAAUGGAGGAAUAUUCCGAAGAUGAAAGCGAUCUCGAGAUCGGUCCUGCUCUUCCAAGCGCGGAUGAUGUACCCAGAAAGAAAGCACGAGUUUUGGCUCACGAAAAGCUUUACCUCGAGAACUUGCCGUCGGCUGAUAUGUAUGAGCGGUCAUAUAUGCACAGAGACGUGCUUAAUUUUGUAGCUGUUACUAAAAAUGAUUUUGUGAUUACUACUUCCGUCGAUGGUCAUUUAAAAUUCUGGAAGAAGGACGAACAGGGCAUCGAAUUCGUAAAGCAUUUUCGGUCACAUUUAGGGAGUAUAACUGGAAUAAGUCUUUCGGCUGAUAGCAACCUGCUCGCUACCAUUGCUGUUGACAAGGCGAUUAAAAUUUACGAUGUCGUUAAUUUCGAUAUGAUUAAUAUGAUGAAAUUAGACUACAUACCGAAAUGUGUCUGUUGGAUACAUAAGAGGGGACAAGCUCAAGCACUAGUUGCCUGCACCGACCAGGAAUCGUCAAAAAUCUACAUAUAUGAUGGUCGAGGCGACGGUAAGCCGUUACACGUACUAUCAACAAUGCACUCACAUCCAGUUCAGGUCUUGCAGUAUAAUGAUAGAUUCCAUUGUGUCGUAUCGGCGGAUUCAUCGGGAAUGAUGGAGUAUUGGGACCCGGAAGAACCCUUUGAAUUACCAAAGACAGUGGCAUUCGAAUAUAAAUCUGAUACUGAUUUAUAUGAAUUCAAGAAAACCAAAUCUGUCCCGCAUACUUUGACGUUUUCUCCAGAUUAUACUCAGUUCGUAACGAUGAGUAGUGAUCGUCAAGUACGCAUUUUCAAGUUUUUGACUGGAAAAAUGAUUAGAAAAUACGAUGAAUCAUUGGCAGUUAUUAGUGAAAUGCAACAGGCUGGUACAACAAUAUAUAGUCUAGAUGAUAUGGAAUUUGGCCGUCGCUUGGCUGUAGAAAAAGAAUUAGAAAAGACUCCACAACUGACGACUAUGAAUGCAGUCUUUGAUGAAAGUGGUCAUUUUAUAAUUUAUCCAACUAUGCUUGGAAUAAAAGUUGUUAAUACUCAUACGAAUAAAGUCGUACGUCUUAUUGGGAAAACCGAGACGCAUAGGUUUUUGAAUGUGGAUUUAUAUCAAGGGAAACCCAGGAGGAAGGCAUUAAUUACACUGGCAAUGGCAGCUUCGGAUAAUCCAUUGAUGAAAGAAAGCGAGGCUGCAGAUUCAACAUUAUUCUGUACUGCAUAUAAGCGGAACAGAUUCUUCAUGUUCACCAGGCGGGAACCCGAUGCGCAAGAUUCGCACAAGGGAGACAGGGAUAUCUUCAAUGAGAAGCCGUCCCGUGAAGAACAGACCGUCGCCACUGCACAGCCUACUAAACAGAAACUCGGCACAAACGCGAUUAUUCGUACUACGUCUGGAGAUAUCCACAUUCGUUUAUUCCCCGAAUAUGCCCCGAAAGCUGUUGAGAAUUUUAUCACUCAUUCGAAGAAUGGAUAUUAUAACAAUGUCAUAUUUCAUAGAGUUAUUAAGGGAUUUAUGAUUCAAACUGGGGAUCCAUUGGGCGACGGAACGGGGGGUGAGUCGAUAUGGAGCUCAGACUUUGAAGAUGAAUUUCAUGAUGAACUCAAGCAUGACAGACCAUACACAGUCAGUAUGGCCAACACUGGUCAACCGGGGACGAAUGGAUCACAGUUUUUUAUUACUGUGGUCCCAACCCCGUGGUUAAACAACAAACACACCAUAUUCGGAAGAGCCACCGCCGGAAUGGAUGUCAUUCAUUCGAUCGAAAAUGCCAAGAUAGACAAGUUUGAUAAACCAUACGAGGAUAUUAAAAUUAUUAAUAUUGAAAUCAGAUAA